AUGGAGAGAAAAUACUUGAAAAAAGAGAUAAGGAAACUCUUGGGAGAUUACGUUGGCAUCAGACUUCGGGAAAAUGCAUUUGAUCCACAAGGAAAGAAGCAGGCCAACUCUCUAGACGACUUGGCUCAUUAUGACUUGGCCCUCAGUGUUGCUUUACCUUGGCUCAGUGAUUCAGAAGUCCAAACAUCUUUGGAAAAAGAAAAAACGAAAUUGCCUCCGUGUCACAAAUCUCUCUCUCUCAACCGGCCUAAAAGAGAAGCUCUGAUUCUAUCAUCUUAUGCUGGGAUGUUAAUGAACAGCAUUCCCGUGGAAGACGUCCUUGGGAUUUAUAAGGCGGGUCCGACGGCUUCCAACCGGCAGAGCUCGACAAAAGGCCACUCGAUCCAUCCUCACAAUCUGUCUCUGCAUCCUUUUGCCAUGCUGACGGCCCCCCAAGCUGCUGAACACGCCUGGAGACAGAGUAUCAAGUCCCACAGGGCUUCUGCAAACCGAAAUCCCACCAGUAGCUCAAGAAAAAGAACGGGUACCAAGGCCUAA